GCGAGGAGAGGCCGCGCCGCGGGCAGGGGCUGCGAGCGAGCGAGCGACGGCGCGGAUGGCGGACUCGCGGCUGUUCUGCGUGGCCGAGGAGCGCAGCGGCCACUGCGCCGUGGUGGACGGAAACUUCCUCUACGUGUGGGGGGGCUACGUGUCUAUUGAAGACAAUGAAGUAUAUUUGCCUAAUGAUGAAAUUUGGACCUAUGAUAUUGAUAGUGGGUUGUGGAGCAUGCACCUCAUGGAAGGAGAACUGCCUGCCUCCAUGUCAGGAAGCUGUGGUGCUUGCAUCCACGGAAAGCUGUACGUGUUUGGAGGAUACGAUGACCAAGGAUACAGCAACAGACUUUAUUUUGUUAAUUUGAGAACAAGAGAUGGAACCUACCUUUGGGAAAAACUCAGCAGCUUUGCAGGACAACCACCAACGCCACGGGAUAAACUUUCCUGCUGGGUAUAUAAAGACAGAUUAAUAUAUUUUGGUGGUUACGGGUAUAGGAGACACAAUGAACUCCAAGACUGUUUUGAUGUUCAUGAUGCAUCUUGGGAGGAGCAGAUUUUCUGGGGAUGGCACAAUGAUGUCCACGUGUUUGACACAAAGACACAGACUUGGUUUCAACCAGAAAUUAAAGGUGGAGUUCCACCACAGCCACGAGCCGCGCAUACGUGUGCAGUGCUGGGGAACAAGGGGUACAUCUUUGGCGGACGUGUUUUGCAAACGAGGAUGAAUGAUUUGCACUAUCUAAACUUAGAUACCUGGACUUGGUCUGGAAAGAUUCCGAUUAAUGGAGAGAGCCCAAAACAUCGGUCCUGGCAUACUUUAACACCCAUCGCUGAUGAUAAGCUUUUCCUAUUUGGUGGCCUAAGCGCGGAUAAUAUCCCAUUAAGUGAUGGUUGGAUUUAUAAUAUCAUAACAAAUUGUUGGAAACAGCUUGUAUAUUUACCUAAAACACGACCCAGGUUAUGGCACACAGCCUGUUUGGGAAAAGAAAAUGAAAUAAUGGUAUUUGGUGGAAGCAAAGACGAUUUACUUUCCUUGGACACAGGUCACUGUAAUGAUUUACUGAUCUUCCAAACACAGCCUUAUUCACUGCUCAGAGUUACAGAAGGGCAGAGGAAGAGAGAGAGAGAGACAGGUCUUCCAUCCACUGGUUCACUCCCCAGAUGGCCGCAACAGCUGGAGCUGGGACAGUCCGAAGCCAAGAGCCAGGAGCUUCUUCCAGAUCUCCCACGUUGUGAUUCCAUUGGUCUGAGAUGUGGCCUGGACUUUGGAGUUGUGAACGGUUUCCAGAUAAUUCUAAUGUGGACACUACUGCUGUCAUUACUUAUGGUGCCUUGUAUUGUUAUCUAACUAGAUUGCAAUUUCCAAAUAUGCAGGAAUUCAGAAAUAUGUGUGUGCCUACAUGGCACAGCACUGUGCUAUGAAAUGAAGACUUUGUCAUUCUCUGAAAAUGCUGGUGACAUAGAAAGUGGACUUUAAAACUUUCAGAUUUUUUUCUUUAAAAGAAAAAGAAAAUCACUUUUAGAGAAGUAUACAAAGUUUGUGAGACUCCUGGAGAAUGAGGUCCUCUAUGCCCAUGGUUAAGGUGACAAAGUUUGGAGAAAUACUUGCAGAGGUGUUGGUGUAAAGAUGUGGUGUGUUCUGAAAGCUGUGAACUCUUUAGUAUUCCUGAAAUAUGAAUAUGAGAUGGAGAGUUACCAGAGGUGAGACUGCAGAAGAAAUCAGAAACCCUGGGUUACUGAGGCCCUUUGUUCCUCAUGCAUUGUAGACCAGAGCCCAUUAAAAAAAAAAAUGGAGCGGGGAAGUGAGAUGCUCACGUGAACAGUUGGAAAAUUCCUCUGCAGCAGUGUGAACGAGAGACCGGAAGGAAAUGUGGUGGGGAAAAGAAAUUGCUGAAGGCGCUGAGAAUGGUAAGGCGUGGCGUGAGAGAGUGAGCUGGAAAGUGCCAGUGGGGCUGAAAAAAAGGAAGGAGGGAGAGCAGGUGGAACGGAUUUGGUGGUUAAGGAUGCCAAGGAGAAGAGUAGGGAAAAUUAGCAAUAGAGGGACAACGGAAAAGGUAGCAGUUUUGAAGGUGGGAUAGGGUAGAAGCGUUUGGUUUCGGAUAUAUUUGAGCUUGAGGAGUGUACAGGCUCUCUAGUGGAACUAUCUAUUAAAUAGUGAAAUAUAUGGAAAGGGCUGUGGGCUGCAAAGAAGUUUAAAGGAUCAUUGGAUUAUCACUGAGUACAGCUUUGCCAAGGAAUAGUUCCAAUAGCAAUGGUCUAGUCAUUAAGACACCCAUGUCCCGGCCGGCGCCGUGGCUCAACAGGCUAAUCCUCCGCCUUGCGGCGCCGACACACUGGGUUCUAGUCCCGGUCGGGGCACCGAUCCUGUCCCGGUUGCCCCUCUUCCAGGCCAGCUCUCUGCUGUGGCCAGGGAGUGCAGUGGAGGAUGGCCCAAGUGCUUGGGCCCUGCACCUGCAUUGGAGACCAGGAGAAGCCCCUGGCUCCUGCCAUCAGAUCAGUGCAGUGAGCCGGCCACAGCGCGCUACCGCGGCGGCCACUGGAGGGUGAACCAACGGCAAAAGGAAGACCUUUCUCUCUGUCUCUCUCUCACUGUCCACUCUGCCUGUCAAAAAAAAAAAAAAGACACCCAUGUCCCAAGCAGUCCCAAGCUCCUUCCACCAGCUUCCUGCUAAUUCAGAGCUUGGGAGGCAGUAAUGAUGUCUCAAGUAACUGGGUUUAUACCACUCACAUGGGAGCCCUCUAUUGAGAUCCUGGCCCCUUGCUUCAACCUAGCCCUACCCCAGGCAUUUGGGGAGUGAACCAGCAGAUGGAGCUGUCUCUCUGUCUCUCUGCCUUUUAACCAAAGAAAAAGAAAAAACAAACAAGUAAAACAAAACAAAAACAAAUAAAAAUAGUGGAGAAGGAAGGAAGAAUGGAUAUAAAGACAGAAAAAUCUCUUGGUUGGGGGCAAGCAGGGAAGGAGGAAGCUUUUGUUGAUAGUGAGGCUAUCUUUGGAGAAUGAGAGGUGAGGGUGCAGACUUAAGAAGCAGUGGUGCACAUGUGAAAUAGCUGCUGAGGGGCUGUGAGAAGGUGCUGGCUAGGGCUGUAGAGCACAAGCUCCAGGGCUGCAGAAACGUGGUCUUCUGUAGCAGCACGAAGCAGCCAGCCUGCAGGUGCGGAAAGAUGAUGGCUCAAUGUGCCCAUCCCGGAGCUUGGCUGGGAUGGUGUAACAGAGAGACAGGGAAGAAGGGGAUCCAAGUCGCUGCCGAGAGAAUGAAGUGCCCCUGUGCAAGGCUGGUUAUGAAAGGAAGCCAAAACCUGAGGAGAACCAGCAAGAGAGAUCAGGAAUGAAAGAAUUGCCUGGAUAUUUCUGGUCCAAGAUGGAGAUAUGAGAGUUUCAGGUUUCAGAGGUGGAACUGUCCCGAGUGAGGUCCUGAAGACUGAGAAGGGUUUUCCACACAGACACUGAAAUGGUCUGAGUGGAGAGACUGUAGGGAGCCAGGGCCAAAGCCCUCAGUGGUGGGGGCGGGGGAGGGGGUUGGAACAGGCAGGAGCUCAGUAGAUAAGCACGCUGAAGCUGGGUUAUAGCUGCCUGGGAACAGCAAGGAGGUUGCUAACCUGGGCUCCAUGACUACGCAGAUGGAGACACAGGCAGGUGCACAGAAAGCAAUUGUCUUGGAUUUCAGGUAGAACAGGGACAGAAAGAGGAAGCAGGGGUGUUUGUAGAACACACACCUGGUGUUCCAGAAAGCACAAAGGAGAGGUUUGGGUGUGAAAAUGAGCAAUCACAGGGAGAAGGUCCAAGAACAGCCAAGCGCAUGGGCUCGUGCCUAGGCUGGGACUAAGGGUGACCGCCAGUCCUCACUGCUUGGCAUCACCCGUGGGACGGAGCACUGUGCCUGCGGUGAGUGAGUCCUCUCUCAUUGGAUACUGAGCACAUUUCUGACACGUCAGAGCUUGACUAAGGCAGACUUUAGUCGUAGUUAUUGUGUGGGCCUGUUCACCACAACCAGUUGUCCACAGUGUAGCCAUUGUUACUGUAUUUUAAAUGGUAAGUCACGGGGUGUUUAGAACUUACUGCACUGAGACAUAGGAGUAGGAUACAGGCCCUCAGAAAGCUUACAUGGUCCAGUGGACUUGUGCAGUCAUGCCCAUCAGACCUCUGGAGGUGUGUGCCUUUUUUAAAAAAAAAAUUGCUCUAUUAUUUAUUCUGAUUUUAAAAAUAGUAGAUACUCACCAGAAAAUUAUUUAUACGUUAUAAAACAUAUAUGGUAGGGGAAAGAACACCUGUGAACUAUCACCUAGAGUGAUCAUGCCUGUGAACUUGGUGUUUGUCCUUCCAGACUUUAAGAUGACUUAAGAUUAUUCUGAUGAUUUUAUUGUGAUUGGAGUGGAUUUACUAACUCUAAGAGGUCAUUGGAAACAUAGUGAAAGCACUACACUCGUGUGUGUGUGUGUGUGUGUAUGCAUACAAAGGAUCGGGUUAUACAUACUGUUUUAUAAUCUUUUAAAACUUAUGGCUAUAAUGAAAUAUUAAAUAUAUAACCAAUGUGUUUGUUACUGUUGACUAGAGUGUUCUAUCUUAUGGAAGUAUAAUUUACUAGUCUCUUGAUAGAGACUUAGAAUAUCUGGAGCUUGGGGCUAUUAAAAAAUCAGGCAUGGGGGGGAAGCCAUUGUAAUCCAUAAGCUAUACUUUGGAAAUUUAUAUUCAUUAAAUAAAAGAUAAAAAAUCAGGCAUGAAUUAUUCUUAUAUAUGCCUUUGGAAAAUGUGUACAUCUCCUCAAGAGACAUUCCUAGAGGGGAGAUUAAUGGGUCGAAGCAUAUGCACCUGUUGCAUUGUGAUGAUGCCUCAGUGGUGCGCAUCCAGGGAUGGGGAACAUUUUUCUCUGCCCAGGGCCAUUUGGAUAUUUAUGACAUCAUUUGCCAGCCAUACAAAAUUAUCAACUUAAAAAUUAGCCUGCGAUGGAUUUUGAAUUCUGAGUCCCCCUGCCAUUGCCUUGGUAGCGCCACAUCAGAUGAUUUUGUGGGUUUCGUGUGGCCCACGGGCUGGAAGUUCCCACCUCUGCAAACUGCAGGUCUCUUACCGCGAUGUUCAAGGCCUCUACCCAUCUCUUCACCUCAUUCCUCACUGUCACGUCCUGCACGCCAGGGAUACUUAAUCCACAAAACUGUGGUUUCUGUCAUCAGUCUGCCUCUCAUAUCUAGGGCUGUGCAGGCUUAGUUCUCGUAUCUGGGAUACUUUGCUUAUUAAGUUUGUGGAGGCCCUCAAGGUCUCAGCUCAUACUUCCCAGCUGCAAAGUUUCCCGGACUUGUGGAGGUCGUCACGCUUGUUCUUCCUUUCAGGUUCCCACAGAGCUCUGUACGCGCCAUGAGAAUUUCAUUUUAUCCCAGUCCCGACAUUUAUACCACUUUUUUAUUUAUUUUCUUUGAUAAUCCCCUUGAUAGCUGGGACAGAGUUUUUCUCCGGGUUGGUUGCAGGAGGGAUGGGGUGCACACUGAGAAAGUUGUCAAAUCGCAGGGCCAUCUUCUCUGACUCUUCCCCCACUGUGGCAGGCACACAGCUCCUGUGUCCCCACAGUGCACAAGGGGUCAGAUUCACAUCACUGGCUUGGACUCAUUGCGUCUGUGAACAUUUCAGCUCUCACUCUUUAUUUAGAGCAGUCUCAGAAUAGGGGGAAAAGGCCUCAAAAAAGUGUGGGAGAGAGUAGGCAUCCCUAGAGUAUAAAUGAUGCCAAAAUGACAGCUAAAGUUAACCUCAGGAAAACCGAAUGAGUUAUUUAGAAAAUUUGCUUAAAG